AUGCGGUCGCUAGAAGAGGCUGUUGCAAGGAUUGCUGCCAAAGUUGACAUGCCCGAGUUGCAAGCUUUGCAAGCUGCUCCUGAAAUACAAGAUGGUUCUCCACCUGAAGCUAUUAAUGAAGAAGUCACGGGAGAGACCUCCACCUCAAGUCAGCCAUCUCAGCCAAAGGAGGAUCAUGAGCAACCGCAGACAUGGGAAGUGGUAAUGGACCCCCGGGGAGGCCCAGCUUCCAUCCCAGCUUCUUGCCUCUCAGAAAGUGGGAAGGCAGGUCUACCAAACGGUGUAUCAACUGCCCGUCGUCCAGACUUGAUAUCCACGGGACUUAUCUCGUUACGCCAAGCCGUUGCAUUAUUCGAAACAUAUCAUCUCAGACUUGAUCAUUUCCUCUAUCGCAUUCUUGGCGACCAUAUUAGUUUGGACUCGGUUCGGAUCGCAUCCCCACUGUUAACCACGGCUGUUUGUACCGUGGCUGCUUUGCAUUCUCACUCCCUCGGUCAUCUCUUUGAAACCUGCUACGGUGAAUAUAAGAACCUUGUCGCGGCCCGAACUUUCUCAAGGCAUUUGAAUGAAGAUGACAUUCGUGGCCUGUGCAUUGGUGCGUUUUGGUUGCAUGAACUUUCAUGGGCCUUGAUCGGAAAUGGUAUGUGGCUGGAAUCUCCUGGUAAAAUGAAGCUGACAGAACUAGCUGUCCGCGUUGCAUCGGACAUUAAUCUUCAUAGUGGUAUCUACAAGGCCCUCAAAGGAGACCGCGAUGGUUAUCUUCAAGCCCGACUAUAUUAUCUGGUCUAUGUAUGCGAUCACCACUUUUCAAUCGCCUAUGGUCGGCCGCCGAUGUCCAGAGAAGGCUUCAUAAUCGAGUCGGCUAGUCGAUUACUAGAGACCAAACAUGCCACAGAAGAUGAUGCUAGACUAAUCAGCCAAGUAAAAGAAUGGUCAAUCCUGGGUCGAGUCUUUGACAACUUCGGAGUUGACGUUGAUACCCCUAUUGCGCCUCGGACACUCCCUCAACUGCGUCGAUGCUCCAUCUCUCUGGAUACGUGGUUUGCAGAUUGGAACGACAGCUUCAAAGUGAAUCGGAAUGUCGGAAAUUAUCCGCAAAAGGGCGUUGGUUUUCACUUCCAUUUUGCAAAGCUAUAUCUCUGCUCGCACGCCUUCCGCGGUGUACCGACCUUAGAGACUGCACCUCAAUACAUGUCGCCUGAAUUGGAGGAGAUUGCCAAUGCCGGUGUAUUGUCAGCUAUGUCAAUCCUUCGAGUGAUUGUGAAUGAUGCCGAAUUUCGAUCGUUCAUGAAUGGACUUCCUUUGUAUUUCGACACUAUGCUCGCGUUCGCCGUUGUCUUUCUCCUCAAAGUUGCCACGAAGUAUGCAUCCAUGAUCAGAAUUGAUACGGGCAAGAUCCUUUCCCUGGUCACUGAGACUGUGGCUGCCCUUCGGGAUAUCACCCAAUCUAUGCAUAAACACCAUCUCCUUGUGGUAAUUAGCGAAGGCUUGGAACGGCUGUUGAGUAGAUGCCAGGUGUCUACUCACACAGUUCACGAAACAAUGUAUCGUCCUUCUCCUGCCCAGGAGCAGCCCCCAGUCUUUGAUUCAAUUUGGAUGGAAAAUAUGGCAAGCUUUGAUUUCCAAACGAACUUUCCUGACGUUGAUGACUGGUGGCUACAUUAUAAUACAUCGAUGGGACCCCCUCUUUGCCCUGAGGAAUCGAGAUAG